AUGUGGGAAGGACGCGCUAACACAUUGGCAGUGCCUCUUUACCAUGCUGCCGCCAUGUAUAUCAGCAUGAUCAUGAUUCACUACUGGGAUGUGCCCGCUGCGUUAGGGAUUGGAAAUGUUCCCCUGAGUUCUGUUUCAGCGAUGGAGUAUCUUCAUCACGCCGAGGUGGAUGCCGUCAUUUUGCCGCCUGCUGUUCUGGAAGAGCUGAGCCACGACACAGAAUCUGUCGAGGCUCUCGCCAAGCUGGAGUUUGUCGGCUUUGGUGGAGGCAACCUUGCCAAAGACCCAGGGGACAGGCUUGUCAACAACGGCGUGACACUACUCAACGUCAUCUCGGCUACAGAAUUUACGCCCUUCUUGAUCUACUGGCAGCCUGAUCCCAAGCUUUGGCAGUAUUUCAUCAUCAACUCGGACCUCUUCAGCUGCGAGUGGCGCAAGACAGCCGACGAUGAUGCAUACGAGCAGAUCAUUGUCCGCAGAGCAAAAGAGCCUGGCUUCUUGGGCUUCUUUUACACCUUUCCCGAUCUCAAAGAGUACAGCACCAAGGACCUGUACAAGCCUCAUCCCACCCUCAAAGAUCACUGGAUCUAUCAAGGCCGUUGCGACAAUAUCAUUGUGUUUUCCAACGGCGAGAAGUUGAAUCCCAUCGACAUCGAGACCACCAUGAUGAAUCAUCCCAAGAUCAAGGGCGCACUCGUUGUAGGCAGCGGGCGGUUCCAGCCAGCACUGAUCCUCGAGCCUGCAGAGCAUCCCGCCGACGAGCAAAAGUUCCUUGACAGUGUCUGGCCCCUGGUUGUGAAGGCCAACAAGCAGACGGUGGCACAUGGCCAGAUUGGGCGGCAGUUCUUGGCUCUGUCAAACCCCAAAAAGCCCUUUCUCCGAGCGGGCAAGGGAACAAUCCAGCGAGUUGGCACAAUGAAGAUGUACAACGACGAAAUUGACCAAAUCUACAAACAUGUCACCGAGGUCCGCUCAGGGGAAGCGCCGGUGUUGGACCUGUCAUCAAAGGACGCCCUCAACGAGUGCAUCUUGAAGAUCUUUACCGACCAACUCGGUGCACCCAGGCUCGAACCCGACACCGACUUUUUCUCUGUGGGGGUGGACUCAAUGCAAGUCAUUAAUUUGUCCCGUCUCUUGCGUGCAGGCCUCAGUGCAGCAGGCGUCACAGUGGACUCCUCCGCCUUGGCCACCCGUGUCAUCUAUGGCAACCCAACAGCCAAAAGGCUCUCCGACUAUGUCUGGUCAGUCGUCAACAAGGAGGGCAAGGACGCCACCGUCGGAGAGCCUGAUCAUGAGGAACACGCCAUGGAGGCCCUGUUAGAAAAGUACACCCGCGACAUGCCCUCGGGUCAAUCCGAAAAGCCACCUCCCGCCGACCAAGACCAAGUCAUCGUCAUCACCGGCACAACAGGCGCUCUCGGGUCCUACAUGCUAGGCAUUUGUGCCUCGUGCCCCCGCGUCAAAAAGGUCAUUUGCCUCAACCGCGCCGUCAACGGCAAAGAACGCCAGCUCAAGAGCAUGCGUGAGCGUGGGCUCACAACCGACCUCUCCAAAGCCGAGUUCCUCCACGCCGACAUGUCCCUCUUCGAUUUGGGCUUGGGAAUGGAAACCUACAACCGGCUCCUGGGCGAGGUCGACCGCGUGAUCCACAACCAGUGGCCCGUCAACUUCAACAUGCCAACCGAGUCUUUCGAGCCGCACAUCCGGGGCGUGCGCAACCUGGCCGACUUUAGCAGAAAGGCGUACAAGCGGGUGCCGGUGGUGUUUAUCUCCUCCAUCGCCACGACGGAUGCCUGGAGGAAGAAGGAACCGGUGCCGGAGAAGUCGCUGCGGGAUUUUGACAUUUCCACUGGCGGGUAUGGACGGUCGAAGCUGAUCAGUUCGUUGAUUUUGGAAAAGGCUUCGGAGGUGUCGGGGGUGCCGAGUGAGAUCAUCCGGGUGGGUCAGAUUGGGGGGCCGUCAUCGGAAAAGGGGUACUGGAACAGGCAGGAGUGGCUGCCAUCUGUGGUGGCCAGUUCAGUGUAUAUGGGUCUGUUGCCCAACAGCUUGGGCCAGAUGACGACGGUGGACUGGGUGCCGAUUGAGGGGAUUGCCCACAUGGUGCUGGAGGUGUCGGGUGUGACGGAGGAUGUGCCGGUCGACCUGAUCAGAGGCUAUUUCCAUGGCAUCAAUCCUAGGAAGGUGCAGUGGGGUGAGCUGGCCAAGGCAGUCAAGGACUUCUACGGCGACAGGAUCAAGCAGAUUGUGUCGUUUGAGGAAUGGGUGAAACAACUGGAGAAGAGCGCGGCGACGACGGAGGAUGUCAGCCGGAAUCCGGGUGUCAAGCUGUUGGACACGUACAAGACUUGGAACGAGAAGGUCAAGGAGGGACAGGGUUAUGUCGAUAUGGAGAUGGAGAGGACAAUGAGGAGGAGCAAGACUAUGAAGAACAUGAAGGCCGUGACGGGAGACCUGAUGAGAAAUUGGUGCAAGCAAUGGGGCUAUUGA